GUAUCUGGCGGACACCUCCUGCGACGGCCGGGCCCCCGUUUGCCAGCUGCUGGCGCCUCCUAGGAUGCUCCAGGGAUGCUCUGAGCGAAGGAUGCAGGUGCAGCCCGACUGGUCCUGAUGCGAGGAUGGAACGCGGGUGGGACUCGUACAAUGUUGCCCUCUAGGAAGAGGAGGACUGUGACCGAGUCCCCACAGCACCAGGCCAGCCAGGAGGAAGAGGACCUAGGCCUGGAGUGUGCUGUUAGGCCAGUGUCUGACCAGGGGAAAGACGCGGCGUCAGUGUCACUCUCGGGGGCUCCAAGUCAUGGCAGAGCGGCUGGCCUCCAGGUGCAGGCCGUGCAGGAGGCCGGAAAUCAGCCUGGCGAGGAGGACCCACCCUCGAGCUCCAGGGUGCUCCCCCCGGACACAGACGCACCGGUUCUGGAAGCUGUUGACGAGGCCGUCUCUCAGGGAAUCGCCCUGCCUCCCUUGGAGUCUUCCCAGCCCCUUACUGUGCACGCUGGUAAAGGAAGGGGCCCGAGCCCUGGCUCAAGGAGAGGGAAGAGGAUUGCACUCAGGCCUGGGCCAGCGCCCCAGGAAGACAGAGCUGACCAGCCUGUUACAAAGGAGCCUUUGUCGGGAGAGCCGAGUGAAGGAGGCAAGGAGGAAGGAGGAAAACCUCAGUUGCAUCCUGGAGGGCAGGUGGCUUCGCUGCCCCUCGGCGCCUGCCCUGCAAAACCGGGAGCCCUGCCUGCGAAGUCCCCGCCGUCGCACGUCUGUGCCUGUCCUCAAGAGAAGCCGCUUGGGACUCCAGCUCCGCAAGCUGAGGAUGAGACAGAGGACGGCGGGCUCUUCAUCCCGAUGGAAGAGCAAGGCAAUGAAGAAAGUGAGAAGAAGAGAAAAAAGAAAAAGGGUACCAAGAGGAAACGAGAUGGAAGGGGUCAGGAAGAAGGCCCCUGGGCUUGUGACCUGAAGCUGGACGACGUGCUGGACCGCACGCUGGAGGAUGGCGCCAAGCAGCACAACCUGACCGCCGUCAACGUGCGCAACAUCCUGCACGAAGUAAUCACAAACGAGCACGUGGUGGCCAUGAUGAAAGCAGCCAUCAGUGAGACGGAAGAUGCGCCCGUGUUUGAGCCCAAAAUGACUCGCUCUAAACUGAAGGAAGUGGUGGAAAAAGGAGUGGUAAUUCCAACAUGGAAUAUUUCGCCAAUUAAGAAGGCCAAUGAAAUUAAGCCUCCUCAGUUUGUGGAUAUCCACCUGGAAGAGGACGACUCCUCGGAUGAGGAGUACCAGCCCGACGACGAAGAGGAAGACGAGACGGCGGAGGAGAGUUUAUUGGAAAGUGAUGUCGAAAGCACUGCUUCAUCCCCACGUGGGGCCAAGAAGUCCAGACUGAGGCAGACUUCCGAGGUGACCGAGACAGACGAGGAGGGCGGUGUGUUAUCGGAGGCUGAGAAAGUCCUCACACCUGCUGUCAGGCACAUCAGUGCUGAGGUCGUGCCCAUGGGGCCCCCGCCGCCCCCAAAGCCCAAGCAGAGCAGGGACAGCACUUUCAUGGAGAAGCUGCACGCCGUGGAUGAGGAGCUGGCUUCCAGUCCGGUGUGCAUGGACUCUUUCCAGCCCAUGGAUGACAGCCUCAUUGCGUUCCGGACCCGCUCAAAGAUGCCUCUCAAAGACGUGCCCCUGGGACAGCUGGAGGCGGAGCUCCGCGCUCCCGACACCACGCCGGACAUGUACGACCCCAGCACCGCGGACGACGAGGACUGGAAGGUGUGGCUGGGCGGGCUGAUGACCGACGACGUGGGCAACGAGGAUGAAGCCGAUGACGAUGACGAUCCAGAAUAUAACUUCCUGGAGGACCUGGACGAGCCGGACACCGAGGACUUCCGCACCGACCGGGCCGUGAGGAUCACCAAGAAGGAAGUGAGUGAACUCAUGGAAGAGCUGUUUGAAACUUUCCAGGACGAGAUGGGACUGUCCAACGUGGAAGAUGACGGCCCCGAGGAGGAGGAGCGCGUGGCCGAAACCCGGCCAAGCUUCAACACCCCCCAAGCCCUGCGGUUUGAGGAGCCGCUGGCCAACUUGCUGAAUGAGCAGCACCGCACAGUGAAGGAGCAGCUGGAGCAGCUGAAGAUGAAGAAGUCCUCGGGCAGACAGCAGCAGGAGGCUGAGAGGGUGAGGCCCCAGAGCGAGAAGGGCCAUCAGACCCUGACUCUAGACCCCGCCCAGAGGCGGCGGCUCCAGCAGCAGAUGCAGCAGCAUGUGCAGCUCUUGACACAAAUUCACCUUCUCGCGUCCUCCAACCCCAACCUCACAUCGGAGGCCAGCACCACCAGGAUAUUUCUCAAAGAGCUGGGCACCUUUGCUCAGAGCUCCGUCGCUCUUCACCAUCAGUUCAACCCAAGAUUCCAGACCUUGUUCCAGCCCUGUAACCUGCUGGGGGCCGUGAAGCUCGUGGAGGACUUCGGCACACAUGUCCGAGUCGACUGGAGUCCUCGCAAAACCGCCAAGAAGACCGCAGAUGAAUUUCCCUGUUUGCCAAAGCAAGUAGCUUGGAUCCUGGCCACAAGCAAGGUGUUCAUGUAUCCAGAGCUGCUUCCGGUGUGUUCCCUGAAGGCGAAGAAUCCCCAGGAUAAGAUUUUCUUCACAAAGGCCGAGGACAAUUUGCUGGCUCUAGGGCUGAAGCACUUCGAAGGGACCAAGUUUCCGAAGCUGCUGAUCAGCAAGUACCUCCUCACCUGCAAGACUGCCCACCAGCUGACCGUGCGGAUCAAGAACCUCAACAUGAACCGAGCGCCUGACAACAUCAUCAAAUUUUAUAAGAAGACCAAGCAGCUGCCCGUCCUGGUGAAGUGCUGUGAGGAGAUCCAGCCGCACCAGUGGAGGCCGCCUGUGGAGAGGGAGGAGCACCGGCUUCCGUUCUGGCUGAAGGCCAGCCUGCCGUCCAUCCAGGAGGAGCUGUGGCGCAGAGCUGACGGCGGCGGAGGGGUAGGCGGCGUGACGGGAGCCGCUGAGGCCAGCUCAGAGCCAGGCCUGGGGACAGGCAGCUCAGAACUGGGGAGUGAAACUCCGUACCCGCUGCUGUUGCCCAAGGGUGUGAUCCUGAAACUGAAGCCAGUUGCCAACUGUUUUUCCAGGAAGGCCUGGAGACAGAAGCGGCAGUCCGUCCUGAAGCCCCUCCUAAAGCCCCUCCUAAUCAGGCCCAGCCCCUCCCUCCCACCUGGCUCCACCCCUGGGAAAACGCCAGCGAGGUCCGCCCCGACGGAAGCCCCUCGGAGCAAAAUGGUGGUCCGGCUUCCUCACGUGAUCCAGCCAGCCGCUGUCGGACAGCCGGUGCCAGGUGUCCCUCCGCCAGGAGGCCCUGGCAGGGACAGUUUUGAGUCUCCGUUGGCAUUGCCUCCCAUGACCCCUGAGGGCAGGACUGGCUUCCCUCCUGAGCCCCAGACCGUGCUUCCCUCUGCCCCUGUGCCCAAGGUGAUGCUGCCCUCGCUGGCCCCUUCUAAGUUUCGAAAGCCGUGUGCAAGGCCGAGAGCCUCAAAGAGAAAGGGGGCCAAGGCCUCUCUGUGUCUGGAGCCAGCCUCCCUCAUCCACCCUGUACCUGUUAUCUUCACCGUGCCUGCCACCACAGUCAAGGUGGUGAGCCUCGGCAGUGGCUGCAACGUGAUCCAGCCUGUCAGCGCGGCCGUGGCCCAGAGCCCCCAGGCCAUCCCUAUCACCACCCUCCUGGUGAACCCCACUUCCUUCCCCUGCCCGCUGAGCCAGCCCCUGGUGGCCUCCUCUCUCCCACCCCUAAUUGUCUCCGGCAAUUCUGUGAGUCUUCCUGUCCCUGCCGCCCCUGAAGAUAAGGCCCAAGUGAGUGUGGACAUCAGUUGUCAGUCGGCUGAAGGGAAGAAUACCUUUCAAGGCCUGGAACCCAAGUUAGAACCCCAGGAACUGUCUCCUCUCUGUGCCCCUGUCUUCCCCAAAGAGGAGUACAGCCCGGGGCCACCAGCAGCGGCCUGCGCGUGCCAGGAAGAGCGGCCAGAGAGCCUCGCCUGUGACUGGACUCUGGUGAAAGUGGAGGACGAGGGGCAAGGUUUGGAGUCGCCGCCUCCAGGCUCCGGAGAGCCUCUCAGCACCACCCCUGGGGACACGCAGAAGCCCAUCAAGAUGGAGCCCAAAGACCCCGGGGAGGACACCUGUGAGGACAGCAGGGAAGGCCGUUCUGGGGGAUCGGAUGCCGGCUUCCCAGGGGAGGAACCCCGCGAGUCGAGGCUGCCGCCCGUCUCACAGCAGCAGGAGGACCACGGAAGUCCACCCGCUAGAGCCUCUUCGGCUUCUCGGGAUGAGGGACGCUUGGGCCCCAUGAGCAAAGGCUCGCCGAAGCCCCCUUCGUCCUGUGCCGACGCUGACGCAACGCGCAGCAGCCCCCCGGGAACGUCUGAGGCCCCGGCCAGUGCCGACGGCCAGACGGCCGGGACUGUGGGCGGGACGGACGCCGGGCUGGGAAAGGACGGGCCGGAGGAGGAGGAGGAGGAGGACUUUGACGAUCUCACCCAGGAUGAGGAGGACGAGAUGUCCUCAGCCUCUGAGGAGUCUGUGCUGUCUGUCCCGGAGCUCCAGGAGACCAUGGAGAAGCUGACCUGGCUGGCCUCUGAGCGGCGUGAGGGCCAGGAGGCUGAGUCCGAGGAGGAGAACUCCCAGGAGGAGAACUCCGAGCCGGAGGAGGAGGAGGAGGAGGAGGCCGAAGGGAUGGAGAGCCUGCAGAAGGAGGAUGAGCUGACGGACGAGGUCCCCGGGGGCGCUGCCGAGAAGCUGCCGGCUGCCUUCGCCUCCCCCGGGACCGCGCCCGAGGUGGGGGCCGGAGGUGCCCCGCCAGGAGAGGCCAGCCGGGCUGCAGGGAAGGGCCGGGGCGGGCAGCGCUCGCGAGGCCGGCGGGGAGGCCGGGCCCGGGCCAGCAAGGAUGCCGCCAAGCUGCUGCUGCUGUACGACGAGGACAUCCUGGAGCGGGACCCCCUCCGAGAGCAGAAGGACCUGGCCUUCGCCCAGGCCUACCUGACCAGGGUGCGAGAAGCCCUACGGCAUGCCCCCGGCAAGUACGAGGACUUCCUGCAGGUCAUCUACGAGUUCGAGUCGAGUGCACAGAGGCAGACGGCCGUGGACCUGUACAGAAGCCUGCAGCUCCUGCUCCAGGACUGGCCUCAGCUGCUCAAGGACUUUGCUGCUUUCCUGCUGCCUGAGCAGGCUCUGGCCUGUGGACUGUUUGAGGAGCAGCAGGCUUUCGAGAAGAGCCGCAAGUUUCUGCGGCAGCUGGAGAUCUGCUUCGCGGAGAACCCCUCGCAUCACCAGAAGAUCAUCAAGGUCCUGCAGGGCUGCGCCGACUGCCUGCCCCAGGAGGUCACCGAGCUCAAGACACAGAUGUGGCAGCUCCUCAAGGGCCACGACCACCUGCAAGACGAGUUCUCCGUAUUCUUUGAUCACCUGCGCCCCGCGGCCAGCCGGCUGGGCGACUUUGAAGAGAUCAACUGGACAGAGGAGAAGGAGUACGAGUUUGACGGUUUUGAAGAAGUGGCCCUGCCCGAUGCAGAAGAGGAGGAGGAGCCACCCAAGGUGCCCCCGGCCUCAAAGAGCAAAAGAAGAAAAGAGAUCGGGGCCCAAAGUCACGACAAGGAGCCCGAGUGGCCAGAUGGCACCAGGGACUGUGCCUGUUCCUGCCCUGAGGGAGGCCCCGAUCCCAAGCUGAAGAAGAGCAGGAGAAGAGGGUGUGGCCGCUGCAGCAACCGGGUCUGUGACGGCAGGGCCUACAAGAGCAAGGAGCCCCACGAGUCGGGCAGCAGCCCCCAGCGGGAGGCCAGCCCUGUACCUUCGGUUAAGGAGGCUGGGCCGGGCAAGAGCCUGCUGGGGGAGGAAGCCCCAGAUGAGCGGGAAGGCGUGGAGGCUGUCCCGGACCCGCCGGGCAGGGGAGCUGUGCCCGGGCCAGGAUCGGCAGUGGGGAGCACUCAGGAAGUGAUCCUUACAGAGCGGCCCACCCUGGAGGACCCCCGGCCCAGCUCGCCUGAGACUGCCCAGCUCCCCUCCAGUCCUGGAGCCCUGCUCUGUGUGGUUAGGAGAAACCAGGCUGAGGCAGCCCCCGGACUUCAGGAUGAGGCCGAGGACCAGGAGGCGGUGGAUGAGCCACAGCCUUGCGUGCUGGUCUGGGACGCCCCGGCAGCUGAGAAGUGGCCCAGAACCGAGGAGAGCGCGGCUUCCUCCCCGAGUCCCGUUUCCUCCAGGACCAGAGACGUGGCAAGGAGGCGCCUGUCUGAGGCUUCGGACGGCCCAGGCAGCUGUUUGCUGUCGGGCAGAGCUGGGGUGAAGACUGCACACAGGUUGUCCCCCGUCCACGAGUCUCCGUCAGGAAGGGACACCUCAGAGCCUUCCUCCAAAGCCCUUAGGGGAGGUUUGCCUAAGGACCGUGGGGUGCAGGGCAAGGGCCCAGCGGGCGAGCCGCAGCCGAAAACCACAGAAGCCACAGUCUGUGCCAACAACAGCAAGGUCAGCUCCACCGGGGAGAAGGUGGUGCUAUGGACAAGAGAAGCCGACCGUGUGAUUCUCACCAUGUGCCAGGAGCGGGGGGCACAGCCGCAGACGUUCAGCAUCAUCUCCCAGCAGCUGGGGAACAAGACCCCGACCGAGGUCGCCCACCGCUUCCGAGAGCUCAUGCGGCUCUUCCACACGGCGUGCGAGGCCAGCUCCGAGGAGGACGAGGAUGCGACCAGCACCAGCAACGCAGACCAGCUGUCCGACCGCGGGGACCUCCUGUCUGAGGAGGAGCUGGACGCGUGACCCUGGGCGCCUGGGCGCAUCAUCUGCUGGCCCCAUGGGCAGGGCUUGUGCUCGGCUGCACCCCCUGGAGCUCUGGGUGCAGGGCCGGAGGCGGGGGGCCGAGGCUGAGGGCAGAGGCCAAUGGGGGAGGGAUGGCUCUGCCAGCUUACACCGCAUUCCGGGUCUUUCUGAAUGUGCUCGUGAACAGCAUCGCGGGAGCGGGCGUGGCUUCCGCCCUCCCCUCUCCCCGCCACCUGGGUCUGACGGCACGUAUUUAUUGUCCUGUGACCCCCUCCCAGUGGUUCUAGGUGUGUUAGAUGCUCGAGUUGGGUGUAGCCAGUCCCAGAAUGCUGAGCUCUGCAGCUGGCAGUUUUAUUGUGCACCAGCUCUGUCCUGCUCGGAGAACGCUAGCCUCCGAGGCGGCCCUCCUGGUAACACUGGGCUAGGCUGCGCAGCUCCUGCAGCGCCUCGUCCAGGUCCGCCUGCUCCACCCCCGCGUCCAGGAAGCUGGCCCAGCGACGCACGUCCAGCUUGCUGAGCUCUGUGGCCAAGUCUCCCAGGGUCCGGUUCAGGGACGAAGAGGAGCAGAGGGCCCCGAGCACUGGGACGCUCUCCACGGCUGUGGAGGGGCAGAAAAGGAGGCCUGAAAACCGUGGUUCUUCACUGGGCUCUGCCGCACGGACUAGAUGGGACAAUGAGCCCAGGGGAUGGUGCCGUCCCCUCCAUAAACCGCUGCUCCUGAGGAAGGCCAGGUCCCUCGGCCAUCAGGUGAAUAAAGGGAUGUGUCACUGUGGACUCUGAGAAUCUUCGUCCAGGAAGGGGUAGGUGACACCUGCCCGUACCUUCACCUCCCACGUACCUGCCCCGGAUGGGAGGCCGUCUGCAACCAAGCCGUGCCGGCUGAGGCGUGGGGAGAAGAGCCGGGGGUACGGGGGGGCCACCGUGCAGGGAGCCAGCAGCAGGUGGGCGGAGCUGUGGGGCGAGAGAGCAGCGGUGAGCGAGGAGCAGAGGAAGGUCUGGGCGCGGGCAGCGGGCAGCGCACUGACCUCCUGACUCCCGGCUGCUGCUGCUGUAAGUACUGGGCCAAGACGUCUUCCCCGGCGGUGCACGUGUGCAGCGGCGAUGGCAGAGGGGUCCCCGGGGCCAGCUGGCUGCCAGAACAGAGCCAAAGUCACCCUUAAUGUGUGGGCCAGGAGCUAGGGAGUCUCGUGUUCGCAGGCUAGCAGCCAAAGCAGGAAGCUGAGGGUCUUAUCUUAAGGGGGGGGACGUAGACAGAGUGAGGGAUGCCGUAGGAAUGCGCAGAGGUGCGGAGAGACCAGGAUGGGAGUCUGAAGGGUGAUGGGCUCCUGAGAACCCACCGCCUCACCUGGUGUGGCACGCUCUGUCCACACCCCUCAGCACCACGGACUGGGCAAAGCAGUGUGCCCCAGAAGGACUUCCGCAUGCAGACAGCGGGGUCCACACGGCGGCCCCUCCCAGCUGCACCAGGGCAUCAGGAAGGGACUGGCCGGGGGCCAAGGGGAAGGGGAUGGUUGCCGCUGUGGUCACCACCUAAAAAGAAAGGAGAGAUCAAGCCGUGGCUUCCUGUCCGCUCUGCCUGGGCCCCGCCUAACGCUGCAUACCUUCUUCCCAGAGAAGUUCAGCGUGUCCGCCAGCUGGGCCAUGGACACCGGUGCAGAGCGGAGGCGGUACGGGGCAGUGAGUGUGUCCAGGGCUGUGGCCAGGAUGGCACCACAGUGGAAGGGCAGCGUGGCCUGUAAAGAUACCAAGAAGGGCACUUAGCCUGUAGGGUCUGAAAAGCAGAGUGUGAAAACAGAAUCCUAAUGGCAGAGACGUCCAGGUGCUUAGGACAAAGCAAAGGACAGCGUGCUCCGAAGGGGCCAUGACACGGCUGAGUUCAAGUGGAGGGUUCAGGAACAGGGCCAGUAGCAGGGAAAGGCUGGGGCCAGAGCUGCAGUCUGGCCAGAGCCCUGAGCCUUACAUCAUAGCGCAGGUGAGGGAAGGUGACCGGUGGCCCUGGUCGCAGCCCCAGGCCCCCACCCAAGGAUAAGGGGCAGACCAGAGAGCUGUGAGCGGACAUGUGCACCAGGCCCAACGCUGUGUUCAACACACGAUAGAUGUUUUUCAGGGGCUCCUGGGGAAAGAAAAGAGUGAGUCGUUCUAAGCAGCACUCUCCCGGGCGGUCCUGCUCCCUCCCCUGGGACCACUUCAGCCCAGGCUGUCCUCACCCUGCGGCUGGAGGGCCCAGGGAGCAGGCCCCAGCUCAUUAUGCCCCGGCCCGAGUACUCGUCUCGCAGCAGCUCCGCGGCCUUCGCGCCCAGCCCCGAGAAGCCGUCAUGCAGGUCGCACAGGAUCUGGAAGCCCUGGAAGGAGAUGAGGCAUGGGAGGCCGGCCGGGCGUGGGUCCUGCCCGAGUCCGCUGGCCAUGCCGCUACCUGCAGGUAGUCACACUCCUCCACGUAGAAGUGCAGCCUGUCCUCCACGUCUUCCAGGUACUGGGGCUCCUUCAGGAUGCUCUCGCCUUGGCCAAAAGCCUCCAGACGACCUGCCUCCCUGCCGCACACGAGCCCAGCCCAGACUUGCAGAGCCCCGACCUCCACCCCACCCCCACCGUCCCGUUUGCAGAGGGCACAGGGAAGGUGGCCUCAAGAGCCGCCUCAACACCGGUGGGGGUCCCGUUUCUUGCUUCACCCCCUCCGGGGCCCGCGUACCCAUCGUGGUUGUACUUCUGAAUCAUGCAGAUGCUCCGGGGGUGCAGAUGGACCCGGAGGAAGUCUGACCAGACUCUGAUGCUGCCCUCCGUGGGGACCAGUGGUCUGGGGGCUGCAGCAGUGGUGAGCGGAGCGCGGCCUGAAGCGGAGUCCAACGAAACGUUCUUCCCUUUGCUGCUCUGCCCCGUUCCCCACCCGGUAGCACCCAGAGAUGUCUCACCUCGGCCACUGGGGACGGACUUGACUCUCCAGAUACCAUCACUACUCAGCACUCCCUGGAAGGACGGAGAAAAGCCUGCAUUUAGUGCCAGGCGGCCUAGAGGCAACCUCUGACUGGUUCUCUGGGUCCUGCUGGCCAGCCCCACAGCCUGCGGUCACUCUUGUCAUGCUUCCUUGGCAAAGUGCUUCCCCAGAUGCCAUCCCAUAGCAUUUAAGAGGAUCAGAAUCCUUUUUUCUGCCCCAGUGGAGGCCACUCCAGCUCUCGAAGUAGAGGCCCUCACCUCGGCACUCAGAACGUCCUGGAGGCCAGGGACUUGGGGACAGAGUUCUUCCCUGUGUGUGGUAAGCUUUCCCUGCCUGAAAGAAAAUGGAUCUCAGUGACA